AUGAAUCCCGCGAACUUCCCCAAUGUUGGCGGGGGCAUGCCUGGCGGAGCCAAUCCGCACGGCCAGACGCAGAUGCCGCAGAGAAAUGAAAAUGCAUCGGUUAUAAUGAACCAGGUGGCUCAGGCGCUUCAAGCCCAGGGUCCUUUUAGCGGUUGGAGAGCGGAAGUUCCGAUUAAAGACCGAGCUGUCAAGGUCUAUCAGAUGAUUACAUCCCUUCGGUUGAUUCAGCCACGAAUUGAUUUUCAGAGCGCGGCUCAAGCUGCAAUGAGCUUUGAGCAGAAAGCAUUCAAAGACGCCAGGGAAAAAGUCGACUACGACAAGGAAUGCAACGAGAAGUUAAUCCACAUACGAGACACUAGAGCAAGACAAGCCGCAGUUAUGCAGAAUGGGAUGAUGCCCCAAGGGCCCGCUGCAGGUAUGCCUGGGGUAGGGCAGAAUGGAUUUCCUCAGCAGUUGAACCGUCCUGUGCAGGCAUCUCCAAUGCCAGGCCAACAGCAGAUGCCGAUCGGCAUCAACGAUCCUACACAACAAGCUGCAAUUCAACAGCGCCAACAGCAACAGCAGCAGCAGUCACAACAACAGCAACAGCAGCAACAGUCGCAGCAGAAUCAGGCUAUGCUCCAGCAGCAGCGUGCGCAACAACGACCGGGCGGCAAUGCUUCCCUGCCUGACGAUCUCAAUACCCUCUCUGCUCAAGAAUAUGAGCAUGUCUGUCGGAUAGCCAAUCAGAUCCUUGCCAAAACGCCCCAGGAAGAUAUGGAGAAAAUUCGCAUGAACCUACAGAAUAUGACACCGGAACAAAGACAAUACCUUACCCGAAAGAACAUGGAUCCAAUCACGUACUUCUUCCGUUGCCAGGCUUUGAAUCAACUCAGAAGGCAUAAACGGAACCGCAUGGAAAUGGCACGAGCGCAGAGCGCCGGUGUCGAUCCCAAUGGGGCCAUGAUGACAGAUCCCAUGAUGAAUCCGCAGCAGCGACAGAUCUUUCAGAAUAUGAUGACCUUUCAGCGCAAUUCGGGAUUUCCCAUGGGCAACCAACAGAGCCUUGAUCCGUCGUCGUUCAUUGGUAACGUGGAAAAUAUCCAGGGCCAGCAAGCGGAUGGGUUGCGUUCCCAAGAAGCAGGUCAGCUAGUGGUGCCUGCCAGUUCUUCCCAAAUGAAUCAACAGCCAUACACUGCUCCUCAGAACAUGUUCCAAGUGGGCCAGCAGAUGGGUCAAGGGGGUCAGACCAACCUCAAUGGCGCCUCUAUCAGCCCUCAGUUUCUCGCGGCCCAGCACCUGCAGAACCCUCAGAACGUCCAGCAGGAUCGAAAUCAGCAGGCAGCACAGUUCCAGCCUCAGCCCCAGGCGCAAACCCAAGCGCAAGCACGAGCUCAAGCAGCUCAGAAAGCACAAAUGGCGAUAUCGCAAGCAGGCCAGGCUAAUCCACAAAUGCAGCAACAACUAUCUCAAAGUCCCGCUAUGCCGAUGUUGAACCGUCCCAUGCCGCCUGGGCAGAUGUCCCCAGGGCAAGUGGCCGCACAAGUCCGGCCGCCGUCGCGGGCUCCCGGGAUGGGACAACAGCCCAAUGGCGUGCAGGGUCUUGCUGGACAGCCCGGAAUGCAAGGUCGACCCCAGAUUCCUCCUGGUCUGCCACCCGCGGCGCACGAACAGCUGGCUCAAAUGACUCCUGAACACCUUAAUGCUUUUCUUUUAAAUCAGCAGCGCCGUGCUCUCGCAAACAACCAAGCUCUCGCAAGAGCAAAUGCUGGUCAGCAACCGUUGCCCAUGCAGCAGAAUUUGUCGCAACCCGGCCAGAAUCAGCAGAUGGUGAACAAUCAGAUGGGUAAUAAUCAGAACAUGCGCGCGUCUCUCGGACUGCAACAGCAACUGGCCGGAAUGAACGGUGGACAAAUGCCCAAUCAGAUGCUCGCGGGACAGCAGAUGUCGGCUCAGCAACGGCAACAGCAACAGAGGCAGCACGACUUGUACAAGCUGCAACUCCUUCGGCAGCAGAGUGGGAGCAUAGAGAUGACGCCUGAUCAGGUCAAGGAGAUGGAUCGCAUUCAGUUCCCUCCUGCGAUCCUCGCUAACAAUCCGAAUAUGGUUUCCCCAGUCCCGAAGCAUAUCAAGACCUGGGGUCAGUUGAAACAAUGGGUGGCUGCAAACCCGCAAGCUCUUGGCGGAGUUGAUUUGCAGAAACUCAUGACUUUGCAGAAGCUACAUCUUGCCCAGAUUGUAGCUCAAGGGAAAGAAGGAGCCGUCCGUAACAUAGAUCAGAAUGGCCAGGGCAACUGGGGACAGAUGAUGUCUUUUCAGGGACAACCCCAGCAGUUUGUGAAUCCACAAGCGUUUCAGGCGGGCCAGCAGCAAGUACCAAUGAACAUGCCGGCGUUGAGGCCGGUCACCGCCACUGAAAUCCAAAUGGCUCGCCAGCGCUUGGGUGCUCAAGUGGCCAACUACUCCGACGACCAGCUCCGCGAGAUCAUCCUUCGGAACAGGCAGAAACAACUGAUGCAGAUGGCCCAGAGUCGAGCAGCCCAGGCUUUAGCCGCGCAGAAUAUGAACCAAAACCAGCAGAACCAAACGGUGCAACAACCUCCGUUGACGGGGCCUCCUACCACUUCUCAGGCCAAGCAGGGUCCUCAGCAGCCCACCCCACCUCAAAACCAACAAAACCAAACUGCCAAGGCUCAAAAUACGGCGGCUGCGAAGGGCGCAAAGGGCUCGGCUCCCAAACAGGGCACCAAGCGCAAAUCAGCCGCUGAAGAGCCUACAGAAGCCCAAGCAGCACCGGUCUCAAAGACAGCCCAGCCUACUACUACUCAAGGGGGAGUAUCGGCACCGCCUUCUAGACCCAAUAUGGCUAUCACGCCCGAGCAACUGGCUGCAAUGACCCCUCAGCAACGCAUGCAGUUAGCGCAACUGCGCAGACAACAAGGUCAACAACGGGUUCCGAUCAGUAGAGCAGCGGCGGAGGAAGCAUGGAACAACCUACCCGAGAAGAUUCGACAGCUCUACAACGAUAUCGCGAAGAAUGCGCCUGCAGCGGAACCUGUUGCCCUUUCACCUGAGCAGAAAGCUGCCAUGACCCAGCAACUUCGUGAAUGCACCGACAUGCUUGGUAGAAUGGACACUCUUGCCCAAUGGUUCUCAAAAAUCCCUGGCCAGGAGAAGAACGUUCGCAGUUUACUUGCAAUGCGUAUACAAUUAAUGAGGCAAUUUAAACCCGGCCCGGACUGGACGAUCAAUGACCACUUUACCAUUGCUCCAGAGUAUCUUAGCGGCACCAUCAAUUACAUCCGGAAGCUGUUCCACGCUAUGAUCACUCGGGUGAACCAACAGCAAAACCAACCUUCUGGCCAGCGGCCGAGUAGCGUGCCACAAGGAUCCUCUACCAUGCCGCAGCCCAAUCAAAACAAUAUGCCUGCUCUAAACGCAAGUAACUUGCAGCAGCUUCAACAACAGGAAGAGGCUCUCCAGCGAGCCCGAAGAGCCUCAAGCCAGGCUGCUUCGGCAACCUCUGCAGUGCCGCAGCCACCUUUUGGAGCGCCAUCUCCCCAGGGGGUUCCGCACGUUUACGGCCCGGGAAGCAUUCCGCCCGAGAAGUUGAAGAUUCCUCCUUCGAAGAAGAGGAAGCAGUCUCACCCUGGCGGGACUCCAACCCAAAGUCAAGCUCCUGGCACGCCAGCCUCGAAGUUGCAGGCGGCUAAGCAGGCCGUGCCUGAUGCUAAAACAACUGCCCUAGUCCUGGGUGGCCCAUUCAAAUGCAGCGUCAUUGAGUGUCAGCAUCACCAUCUCGGGUUUGCGACUCAGGAUGCACUUGACAAACAUGUCGAAGAAAGCCACAAGGUGGAGGAGCCGAUCAAUGAUCCUCUCGAGUUCGCCAUUGAAAGCUUCCACACUAGCCUUUUGAAGGACGAAGAAGGAGCACAACCUCAGGAUCUCACGAAGGACCUUCUUACCACCGGUAUCGUUCCGUCUUCCGCAAAGCAUGAAGUCAAAGGUGAACCAAUCGCUCCUAAUACUACCGGUGUGGGUCGCGCGCCCGGACCCCCUGGCACUAAGCCCGCUUCUCCUGGUUCGACUCAGCAGACUCCUCGUACAACUGCGGCCAAAGUUCCCACCUCGUCGGCGCUCAAGCCAAGCCCGAGCAAGGACGGUAAGAAGGAGGCCGUAAAGCCGGUGGAUCAGUCCGCGCCAUCUGCUGCAGUUACCAAGGAUCCUUGGGCAGAUAGCACCAUUUCUCUCGAGGCAAUUCAAGAUACGUUCAUGGAUUUCGGCGGCGAUUCAGGCUUUGGCUUUGGGUCUAUGGAUGAGUUCAUCAACCCUGAAAUGUUCGCCAAUGCCCAGUCUGAGGAUACCCCCGACUCUGUCGAAACUGGCGUUGCUACGCAGACGCCAAAGGAUAGCGAGGUUCCAAAGAUCCAAGAUGCUACCGGCAAGUUUGAUGUCUCUGAUGAUAGCUGGAUCCCGAUGGACUGGAUCAAUGUUCCUUCACGUUUUGAAGACGCGCUCGUGGUUAAUGACUCCUGGGAGAAUUUCGAUUGGGGGACAGUUGACCUGAACAACGGGGCCAUGACUGUUGACGACAAUGGCAUUGCCAUCUAUGCCAUGUAA